AAUAGUACAGUAAAAGAUAAAAACAAUACAACUCAAUGAUGAGUAAUGUAUAUGGUUAGGAACGAGUUAAUGAUUGGAAGGUGACUCACUUAGCAUCGAGACUUAACUGUAUGCCUGUUACUUUCUGGUGUACAUCCAGGUCUUCUUUUAUUGUUAUUGUUGACUUAUUCCCAUUAUUGUACUGAGCAGCCAGGACAGAAAUGUGUGAUGUAUCGUCCCAUAUUGCCCUCAGUUCCUUUUUUUGGUUCUGUGGCCAUCAUCAUAUUUCACCUCUAUGGCAUCACUGUCUUUUGUGGUGGCAUUUUUGAGUAUCUCUAGAAAUAUAAAGCCACAGAGAAAGCAUUCUUAUGUGUCGAUUGGCGAGGGUGGUUCAGACUGCGGAUUUUUGUACGACUUGCAGAAUUGUAUUUUUCAUCUUGAAGAUUUUGGCCUAACUGCGUGUCAUACAAUUUAUAUCAUCUGAUUAGAACGGUAACCGAUUCUUUUCCAUUGUCAUUAGUUGGAGGUCUUUCCGUGCCCAUUAUGGUGCUUUGAUUGUUUAUCCUACAAGUCUCAUAUAGUACAGUAAACAUAUAGUUUUCCAUGACAAAAGUAUUUGGUAUACCUCCUAUGAGCCUCUUUAUAAAAGACAUCCAUCAAUAUGGUGCUAAGGAAAGCAUAUUUGUCAGUGCGGUUCUGGAAGACCCAAACUGUGAAUGUUGCAUCUUUUGUGAUAAAAUAUUUUAUUGUCUCUCACAUACAAGACAGCAAAUAUCACACUGGGAGCUCAAUACAAUGCUAUUUAACACUACAAUGGUUUUAUCUGACAGAAUGACACCAUUCUAUUGAGUUGCUCAUAAUAAGGACACAUCUAAACAGCUAUUCAGCAGAUGGAUGUGGAAAAUUGUUAUCCGUGUGCAUUUAUAUCACUGGCCACUGCAUGGGCACUACAGGUACUGUACAUCCUAUGAAAGAGCUACUAAGAUACUAAUGUGAUUGUUGUCAAUACACAUUUGUCCAAUUUCACUUCACAAGUUCUAAAAAUAUUCAUGUGACUAAUUAUUUAUUUAUCUAAUUUUACAUUUUACUUGUAAUUUUACAUUUUUUUCUUUUUAGUGUGGCCCUAAUAGCGCAUACAUUUACAUUGUCUGUUGACACUGUGAUUAUAUUUGGCAUUUUCUUUAAUUUCACUGUGAAUAAUGCUUACAUCUAAAUGAAGGUAUGAAGAUGAAGGUACAGAAUAGGUACAGCAUACAAUUGCUUCAAAUAAGAUGAGUUGACAUUAUGGGAAUGAGACUACAGAUGGUUGGUCUUUGGAACAUUCCAAUUCGAGUUGGAACUGUGUGUGCAGCAAACAUCGCUGGAUCUUCUGCUUAUCAGCGUAUCAGCUGUUCCUCUGUGAUCUUUUUUUUAAAGCAUGUGACAGUUGCAGUGCCCGUGAAAUUGCUAAAUUUUUGUGGCAUUAAUCCACAGUGCACCACUAUAGUAUCUCACAAAAGUAUGGAUCCCACUCACAUUUAAGCAACUAUUUUAUUACAAUAUAUCUUCUAAAGAGAAAAUACUAUAUAAAUGAACAACAGUCCCAAGAUAAUUGUGUGUUGCCUACAGGUAAGCAUGGUGGUGGCAGUGUGUCAUGUCCUACGGCUGCAUGAGUGCUGCGGGUCAUUGAGGGAAACACAAAUUUAACACAUACUGUGACAUUCUGAAGCAGAUCUCCUCCUUUAGGAAACUGGGUCAAUAUUCCAACAUGAUAAAAUAUAUAUUUUUUUUAUUAAUAUUGACACUUUGGGCACAAUUUGGACAUGUUCUCAUGAAGUGUACUUAACUUGUGUUGCAAGCUAUUUAGACAAUAAUAGUUGUAUGUUGAGUCAUUUUCAGAGGACAGUAAAUCUAUACUGCUACACAAGCUGUUCACUGACUACUCCAAAGUAUAUCUAAGUUGUAUUUCUAUAGUAUCGUCCCCCGAAAAGAUAUACAGUAUGCGGAAAUCUGCGGGGUGUAGUCACUUUUGUGAGAUAAUGUACAUUAAAAAGAACCCAUCAUCAUACUAUGGUCUUAUUUCACAAACUUAUACUCCUAUAACUCAAUGGUUACUCAUAUAAUUUACCGGGGGAUGUCAGCAGUUACAGUAGGCUUGAAUUGGAUGUUACAAGCUGAAGAGCUAUUCAGUACUGGUAUAUGUCAGUGAUUGUACAAACGAUUGCUAAAAAAAUGAAUAUGAGAAAUCUAUAUUUCAUGUCGUUUAUUGUUUGAGGGCAGAUGAUGAAGGACAGGCUAAAUGUAGCUAGUGAACAAAGGCUCUGGCACCAUUAGUAUCUGGGACUCUUCCUGUCUCUCUGUCUCCCUCUAUCUCUCCCUCUUUCUUCCCCUCCCUUACCACCAUAUUCUCUUUCUUUCUUUCCUUCGCCCUUCUAAAUGGGAACAUAAUAAUUGAAGAUUCCACAUCUUGAAACGAAAACCCUUGGGUAGGUAAUUCAAGGCUUAUUACUGAAGGCCAGGCCAUUUUUCUGCUUUCUAAGCAUUAAAGGGUUAUUUUGUGUUCCUGCAGAUGGGAGAGGGAUAACCAUUAUAAGAACAAAGCAUCCAGAUAAUGGAGAAUGGGGCUAAAAAUAAGGCAAUCCUUGGUUCACUAUAGGGGUCCACUGGUCAGCAUCUCUGUUAGGCUGCGAAUACAUAGCGUCCCGCCAGCCUGCUUUACUUUAGACCCUUUGACAUAGGCAAACAAAUGGCUUCAACUGUGGUGGGCUGCACACACACACAUUCAACACCAUUUAAUUGACUUAUUAGUAGUUAGGACAAAUUACAGAAGUGUAGGAGAGGGAAGGAUUGAUGAGAAAAAGGGGAAACAGUGCUACCUUGGUUAUGUGAAGAACUCCAAACUGAUCACGAGCAAUUGUCUUUCUCUUUCUCUCUCACUCUCUGAGUUCUCAAAUAUCUGAAAUCUGCCUAAGAGCUGCUCCCUAAUUGAAGGAGAUUAAGAUAGGCCGACAACAGAGCUGCUUCCCUCAAAUUGAAAUGCUGUAAUCCAUUAGUUUUCAUCAGAUGGGACAGAGGCGCAGUGUGGGCUCGGGUGGCUCACGGCUGUGCCUCGCCCACCAGGGACAGACCUCUAAUGAAGUGUCAGCAUAGGCCAGGAGAAAGCAGGCAUGAUAAGUGACCCUGCCUGGUCGCCUGCCAGUCUUGAAUUGCAAUACUCUCAAAUUAGAUGUUUUUAAAAGUACUGAUAAUCAGUAUUUUGCAUUUGUGUGCAAGCUGAGGAUUUCCGUGUCGUGUUCAGCAGCUUGGUCUUUUGGCUUCUCUGGUGUCCACAGGGGCUGAGAGGUGAGGGCACUAAGUGGGCCACAGGCCAGGCCAGGGUGAGAUCCAUUUUCAACUUGUUCAUUCAACCUCAGUCGUUUCUAUUCCCGAUGCAGAAUGGGGCCUUUUGAUGCAGGAGAUAUUUAGUUCGUUUGGCAGUGACUAGAGUUGGAUCUUAUUUGAAAAGGAUCUUCGGAUUUCCCCUAUUUCCUCCACCCACCCCCUCCCACCUCUUGUAGGCGAGCGGUGGGGAGACAGAGCGCGACAGACAACCCCACAGCAGCCCACCCACACUAAAUUAAUUCUGACAAGGAACUUAAGAUAACGUCAAAGUGCUGACUAAUCGUGGGAUUGGGUUUCUGUAAGUCAGGCAACUGUGAAAUGUGCCAUCAUAUCUAAUAAAAGACCUCUGGUUGCUGCCUUUCUAUUGCAGUGAUGCUGAAGGAAGUGGGGGUUAACUGUCUAGUUAGGACGAUGUGGAAAACAAUUAGAUUCCUCCUAAGCAGCAUGAGUAGGAGGCUCUACAUUUGUGUGACGUGUUUGUCACGAGACCCAUAGAAUCCAGUUUUCUCUUCCACACAGGGGCUUUUGUUGCAUUCACCUGCCGCCUCUUUGCCAUUACGUGUUGUAGUCAUCCGUACCGGAACAGUAGAAUAGUUUUAUUUACUACAACUCCUUUGUUUUCAUCCCAUUCUCUUUUUCACAUUCCUUUUAUGUGACUUCACCUGCUGUCUGAGUCGCCGCCAGGGGAAGUCAUCAGGACGAAAGCUAAUCCCACCAAGUUGAUUAGACUGCAGUAUUGAACAGCAGCUGCAAAACCUGCAAGCCAAAAUGGGAGACCCGCAAAGUGGAGAUGGUCCACCCAGUCCGUCCGAGUGCAAGCAGUGGUUCAACGUGAAAAUGCUUAACAAUGUGCGGCCUGUCAACACAGGACAUCAAGAGCUCAUGUCCUUCCUCGGUUGCUUGCAGGAUUACCUGAGGUCUGAAGAAGAUGGAAGAGAAGAGGCGACGCUACAGCUAUUGCUAAAUCUCUCAUCCAAGAGUGGUAUCUGCUUCCCUUGUACCCCCUCUUUGUCCUCGCCUUCUUGUCCCCAACUUGCUGCCUCUUCCAUGCACUUGGUGGAUGUAGUCAGAGAUGACUCUUCAUUAGAGAUCCAAGAGGCAUGGGAUAAUGUCCGUCUUCAUCUCCGCUGCCACUUACUGGAGCGACUUAGCCCAGCAGGUCAUGGAGUUCCAUCCUUGCCCAUCACUGAACGGGUCCAAUGCCUGCAACAUUUAUGUUUCCUGUACCCUGAAUGUGAAGUGCUUGCUCAUUACCAGGGCCAAAGAAGCCAGGCAACGCUGGCUCUUCUUCACUCAGCCAUGUGCUCCAGUCCACCUGGUGUAACAGGCUUUGACAGAGUAACCAUGGCUUUCCACUCUGUGACCCCAGCCCUCACUCAGGCCCUCACAGAGGACCUCCAUGUCCUUCCAAAAGUAGCAGAGCCACACGCUAUCCUGGUCUUCCUAAAUGCAGCCUACCUCCGCCCUGUGGCUGCUGAAUUGUCUUUCCUGAUGGAGAGAGAUUGUAAGACGGCCCUGAGGGACAACACCAUGCUCAGUAGCAAGAUCAAGAAAUACUCAUCGAAGUCUCGAGCAACAGUUGCACCAAUGGAGCUUCCUGUAAAAAGCAGAAGCUUCAAUUUGACCUCCCACCAGUUGAGGGCAUUAACCCAGCUGGCACGCACACUGCUAGCGUUUGAGAGCAGCGUCAAAGAGCUGGUCACCAACAUGAUCUUCAUUAAUUGUACGGGGGAGAUGCCCUGUGUGAAAGGCAUCCUGAAGAAGGCUAAGGACGACAUGACAGCAGAUAGCAAGAAAUCCACAGUACAAACUCAGUCACUCAAGUUUGACUGGAGGUCAGCUUUUAGCAGUUUGGCCCCUCACAUGGCUCACUGUGUCAAAGUGGUUCUGGAUGAUGUUUGUACCAAGAGUCUUCAGCAGGAGGAAAACAUCCAUUCCUCAGGGCACGACUCAUUCUUGCUGGAAAAUAUAAGUGGACACAUGAGCAUCAACAGCAGUGACAUAAAUGUCAGAGAAGACAACUUCCACGGCUAUUCAGAGAGAGAUACUCCUAAGAUGGUGGCCAAGUUUUGUGGCACAGUGGUUGACGAAAUGGAUGCCUUCCUACCCUUGGCAGCCGCCUGCAGGGACAGUUCUCUGCUGGAAGUUCGAUCUAGCUUUGUGGAGGCUUGUAGCCGGGCAGCACUUGCCAUGCUUGGCCGUUUAGAUGAGAGAGCCCUGGAAGUACCAUCCUCUCUACCACUGAAGAACCUUCCUGCUCUGUUGGCCACUUGCAUUUAUGUGCUCCAACGACUGGAGCGCUACCACGCACGACUAAAUGACUCAACUGCUACUUUAGCCAAAGUGCACCUGAGCUUGCUGCCUGUCCAGAAGUACCAGGAAACUGUUGAGGCCUUGAAAGUGCAACUGAACAGCUACUGUGUCCAGGUCUGUUUAACAUGUGUCCUUCAAGAUGCAGAGAGUCACCACUGGAAUGACCCCAAACCCUUCUAUGAGGGCGAGCACUGUUCCUUCUCUGUGCAGAUGUGGUUUUAUUUCCUGUGUGGUCUCCGUAGUGAUCUGUGGGCUGUUCUACCACCACAGUUGGCCAAAGAGCUGCUGGGCCUGGUGCUGGCAGAGACCUUACAGGUGCUGGUGCAAAGAUAUGCCAGGGCCCAGCCUUCAUACAAAAGACACCUCCAGAUCAGAUGUGACAUCACGACAGUGUUGCUUUUUGUGGAGCAGCUGAUGUGGAGUGUGUGUGAAAAUCCUGAGGCCUUGCUCUGCCACAGCCCUUCUUCAACAAUCACCAUAAUAGCGGGUGGGUCUGACUGGCCCUACCAGAUCCACAGCUUAUGUGACCAGUUGCUGACAGUCCUCAUCAUUGGCACUGCACCACUAUCCUUGUUAUAUGGGACAUUUAUGAAUGAACGUGCAAAGGAGCCCAUGUUACUCCAGUCGGAUAGGCCUGUGGUUCACUGGUUGAAUGCUUUAGAACCUGAACUCUUCACAGAACCAGUUAUACAAGAUGGCCUUGUGGGCCAGGAAGCAUCUGCGUGUCAGCUCAGGCUGCUGACCUCUGAUCCAGGAAGCAAUCCUAGGUUGCUACUGCAAAUGCUGCUUUACAGAGACUGUCACCUGCCCCGUGUUCUCCUGGAAAACUCUUAUUUUUGUCAGGAGAGCCAACUUGAAAUAUCUCCAGAGUAUUGCAAGGCAGGUGAUACCUUCAUAGAUGCACUUUUCAACAUUUAUACCUGCUUGAAUGAUGUUCCCAAGGCCUUGACUCAGGCCCUUCAGCCAUACCUGGAGAGUGCACAUGUAUGGGAGCAUCUGUACACACUGGCAGAAACAUCACAGAAAGAACCUGUCUUGAUCGGCUGUAUCCGGGUGAUAGUUACCAAGUCCACUAAUAGCCUCCUGACUCACCUGGUUUUCAUGGCGAUGGAGUGGCAGGCCGCAGAGGAGCCCGGUGGAGUCUUUGGGGUGAGAGAUGUUCCAGAAAGUGUCCUGGCUCAAGUUCCCAAAGGUUGGAAGUAUACUCCAGUGGAAAUGCGAGGGAAAGAGGCCGCUUCUUCAAAGACUGUCAUAUCUCUCGCCAUUCAAGCUAUGUCCUUCAUUUUCACCAACCUGCCACUGGUGGUAGCGUCCUUGCCCCUCCCCAUCCGCUAUCUCUUCCAAGUGGCUGAGAAACACCUUUCCCAGCAUGCCCGGCAGCUUCGCUCUAUAGGCCUGUUGCUCUGGUCCCUGUUUAACUGCCUGAUCCAUGGACUGGGCGAUGUGCACUCACUUCAAGAGAUCAGUGGCCUGGUCUUGAACUGUCAGGCCAAGGACCACCUGACCCUGCUGGCUGAGUGUCUGCAGGCUUCAAUGGGGAUUCAGCAGAAGGGUGUUCCCAAACCUGCAGUACACAAGGUACUGCAGGCUCUGGAGGAAAAAAGACCAAAGUGGACGAAUAUGCAGCUGCACAAGGCCCGCAAACUCUGCAUAGACAGCGUCCAUGAGCGGGGAAAGGAGAGUGUGGUGGCUGCAGACGAACUGACCGAGCAGAAAAUGGGCCUGAUGCUGCUGGAGGUUUGCCACAAAGCAGGGGGCAGCAACUACCUGAGGCACAUCCAUCACAUCAUCCAAGGCAAUGAGGACUUGCUGAUGUCUAAAUUGUUGAGUGUUAACGCAGACUUGCCGCGUGAUCCUCCUCACUCGGUGAACUUUGACCUUGAUCAUUGUGAGCGCACCACCAAAUUCAACCCACUCGAACAAUUUGAUCGAAUUGGCACAAAGAAGCUGAAUCAGGGUGCUUUGGUUGAAUGGCCGUGGGACUGGCCAAGGUUGCUGCCAGCAUAUCAAGACAUGUGUCAAGUCACCUUUAAAACUCUGUUGGCCAACAGGUGGGAGAUGCAGGAUGGUGCAGAGCUUGAAGAAGAUGAAAAAACGAUGGUAGAAGAACUCCAAAGAGUCUAUUUUGUUUGCCACUGCAAUGCAGGACUGCAGGAGUCUCGUGAAGCAGAUGAGAAGAUGGCUGAGCGGACCCAGGGGGGAUCCGAUAAAACUGCUGCCCAAUAACAGUCCAAGCAGUUGGAAUUUUUAUCAUGUUGUAAAUGUUUAGUCGUAAUACACACUUGCGGCUCUCAAAGUAUUUGAGUGCGUAGUGUGUGUAGUGGAUGCUGCAGGUUUGUACUGUAUGUAUCUGCAUUGUGUGACAACGUCUCUCUUCUCCUGCAGCACGAAUGUUUCAUCUUUUUGGAGAACAUCUCCUGAAAUCUGUUCUGGGAAAUGGAGGAGCCACAUUUGUUUGUGCAGGACAAGAUGGGACUGUGUGAUCAUUGGAGGUUUUUUUUAUAUUUUUUUUCAGGCAGUGUAAAGAUGUUGGUGUCAGCAUCCUUUUUUUUUUCUUGCUGUCUGGAAAAAACAACAUCAAAUUACAGUUGGGAAGAGAGAUGAUGUUUGUUUUGAUUGCAUUGCAAUCUGCUCCAAAAUCUACCCCACUCUGUAAUGUCUGUCAGUAUUUUGUGCAACCCGGAAUAGAAGGUAUAUUCUAUGUAAUAGCAGAGUAUUUUUUAAAUGUGUGUCCAUGUUUUGUUAUAGAUGCUGCAAAAAAAUUCUAGAUAGAACAAAUAAUGGGAAUCGUUGUAUUGUCAUUUUAUCGAAUAGCCUGUUUUUCUGCGUGCUGUACGUGUUUUAGGUACAUUUAAAACCAUCAAGCCAUCAUUUAACCUUUGCUGUUCUAUACGCUCACAAUCUCAUAUGGUCCUAUUCAACAGGUACUUACUGUAUAUGUGCUUUUUUAAAAUGUAUACCUCAUUAAGCCCUUGGAUUGUGUCUCAUUCGAUUGUGUACGUGUACCCAAUGUUGCGACCUAUAAGCACAUUCUUUAUUGUGCAUUAAAAGGUAUAUGACAUUUGUGUACAUCCCAUUCAAUUCCGUGAAAAAAACAAAAAAACAUCCAAUUCUACUUAAGAGGAGCAUCUGUCCUGUUCCAGAGAUGGAUGCUUGGCUUUUAAUGCAAAUGGAGUCAGAUGACAAUUACCAAACCACUUAAGAAGAAACAAAAGACAAUAAAAUGUUGAGAAAGUCAAUUCCGUCUCCGUUGCACAACAGAGGCUAAACAGCAGCAAGAGUGCCAUUAAUCUUCGUAAAUGUACUGUAUUUAACAUAACAAAACCGUUUCAGUUGGGUGAUGCAAGUAUUUGACUUGCUAAAUUGCUCUUGUAGAGUAACUGCUUUCUGUCACAUGACUUAUUGGAUAUUCUUCUUUUCUUCUUCAGCCAUCCUUGAAUAAACCCAGUCUGUGUCCCAUACUGUUUCAAUUGUAGACAGGUGCUGGGUUCAGCCGACACCUGUCAGCAAACCUGACAAUAUGAAUCACAAGAAAUCAUUACAAAGGAUGGUUCCUUUACAAAGGAUAUAUUGAAUAUUCUAUUAUUCAGGAUUCAUCCGAGGAUUAAUGGGGUUAGGUAAACAUUUCAAUCACAUUCGGAAUGCAUUCACAAUGGACUUAGUGACAUAUUAGCAUAACACCCACAGAUUUUUGUAUUUGAUGGCACACAUUUCUGUAUACAGAGAAAUGCAUACUUACUGUACAUGAAUUAAAUGAAUGGCCUUUUCUUUUAAUGCAUUGAUAUGUCCACACUGUUACUGCUGUGUCCACCCUGCUACCCUUGUAUUUUUUAUAAUAAUUACAUAAAAUGUAAUAUUUUCAUGGCUGCACAGUCAGGAGAUUGGGUUGGACUCUCCGCUUGGGCAUCUCUGUGUGGAGUUUGCGUGUUCUCCCCGUGCGUGCGUUGU